CCCACCAAAGUGGAAACGGAUAAGGGGACGCGUAGUGUGAGAGAACAAUCCGAGGUCCCGUCAGUUGACAUCUGUAACUGGAAUGCAUUUGGACGCUUAGACUGGAUAUCGGAUAAAGGCACAGCUUCAGGCAUGCUCACCCUCUCCUUUGCCACAGAAGGUCCAUUGGCAGUUAUCGUUGGGAUAAUCAUCUUAAUGCUGGCCCCAGAGGUGUAUGCCCAAGGCCGAUUAAAGCUGACUGUUCUGUCAGAGGACCGGCUCCGGAUGAAGUGGAAGGAGGCGGAGGGACUGGUUCAGGGCUACAAGGUCCGAGUGCGGCCCAUCUCGGAUGUGCCCCAGCCAGAGCUGAUGCUGACCACCACGCGGGCACGGGCCACGGUGGCAGGCCUCGACUCCAGCCAGGAAUACCUGCUGCAGGUGCUCACGCUGAACGGGACCGUGGAGAAGCUCCUCGCCAAGAGACGCUUCAGCAUCGGCACACUCCGGGAGGAUGAGCUGAUCCGUAGUGGGAACCGGGGGCAGAAGAGGAAGGCCCAGGCCACCGGCUCAGGCUCGGGGCAGAUGGAUGACGUCAUAGAGGCUCUCGAAUCACUGCCCACAGUGCUCUACCAGGAGCCCACCAGCGCUGAGCCGUCUACCGCAGCCGAACAAGACGACCAAGCGUCGGACAGGAGCGGCAAUGACAGGAAAAAAAAGAAGAAAGAGAAGAAUCCCACCAAGUCAGAGGAGCAGGAGGGCCAGGUGGAGGGCCGAGGAAAGCCUGAGAAAGAGGUGGAGCACGUGAGGAAGACCACAGCCACGCAAACGGUUGCAGGCGGGACGUCGCGGAAGCCGUUUGAGUGCAGGCGCGGUGUGCAGGCAGACCUCGUCCUGCUGGUAGACGGAUCCUGGAGCAUCGGCCGCACCAACUUCAAGAAGGUGCGGGAGUUCCUGGAGGGCCUGGUCACACCCUUCCACAUCGGCCCACGUGGGGUUCAAAUUGCCUUGUCGCAGUACAGUGGAGACCCUCGCACUGAGUGGCACCUCAGGAACUUCACUUCCAGAGAACAGCUCCUGGAUGGUAUCCGAAACUUCAGAUACAAGGGUGGAAACACCUUCACAGGUCAGGCUCUCAUUCAUGUCCUAGAAGAGAAUCUUAAAGAAGACGUAGGGGCCAGGUCAGACGCCCCACGUUUUGUGCUGCUGUUGACUGAUGGGAAGUCUCAGGAUGAUGCCAUCACAGCAGCCAGCAGGCUCAAGAGUGCUGGAGUAGAGAUCAUCGCCGUGGGUGUGAAGAACGCAGACGAGGCUGAGUUAAGGCAGGUAGCAUCAGAGCCUCUGGAGCUCAACGUGUACAAUGUGAAUGACUUCCCUCUGCUCAGUAGACUCGCCGGCCGACUCGUGCGCAUCCUCUGCGGGAAGAUGGAGGACCGCAGCAAAGCGAAGAGAACAGAGCAUUCCACUCAGGCCCCGCUGCCGGACGAACCCGGCCCUGCGGACCUGCGGUAUUUUGAGCUCGGUGCCAGAGAGGUGCGCCUGAGAUGGACGGGCCCACGCCGAACCGUCGCACAGUACAGGGUGGUGUUUCACAGCAGCGAGGGCCAGAGCCCGCAGGAGGUGGUGGUAAACGGGACAGACUCCACGGUGGUGCUGACCAGACUGUCCUCACAGACGCAGUACCACGUGUCGAUCUUUCCCGUAUAUGAUGAGAACGUAGGCUCUCCACUUAGGGGCAUCUUCACCACUUUGCCACUGGCCAUGCCGGAGUCCCUGGAGGUCACUGCCUCCUCUCCCAGCAGCCUGCGGGUGCGCUGGAGGCCUGCUCCUGGAGCGACUCAGUACAUGGCACUGUACUCCGCCCUCACGGAUGGCGAGCCUGAUGAUGCACGAGAGGUGAAGUUUGGGGCGGAUGAGACAGACGUGGAGCUGCAGGACCUGAUGCCCUCCACAGAUUACUCAGUCACGCUGUACGCCCUGUACGACGAAGACCCCAGUGACCCCGUCACAGCUGUUGCGACCACAUUCCCAUUGGCCUCUCCUAUCAAUCUGCAGUUCCCCAUGGUUAGUCACAGCACUCUGAGGGUCACGUGGUUGCCUGGCGCCGUCGAUGUCCCCGCCCACUCCAUUACCUAUAGCACCAAUCGUGGGAGUGACGUCAAACGGGUGGAAGUGGCCGGUGUGAACACUGUCUUGCUGCAGAAUCUGGCCUCUCUGUCCCGGUAUCUAGUCUCAGUGCAGUCCCACUACGAGAAAGGCCUGUCGGCUCCGCUCACGGCCAACGUCACGACGUUACGGGUGCCUGCUCCUUCUGAGCUCAGGGUGACCAACUACUCGGAGGGCGCCCUGACGGUGCUCUGGGAGCCGGCCGCAGACGACGUCACCUUGUACCUGAUUAAAUGGAUCUCCCUCAGCGGAGGGAACCUGAAGCAGCUUAAGGUAGAUGGGGAGAGCGAUGGAGCUGUGUUGGAGGGUGUCGAGGAUGAUAAGGAGUAUCAGAUCUCACUGUCUGCCCUCUACGCUGAUGGUGCCCAGAGUGAAGCUGUGGCUAUACGAUACAGCACAUUGUCGGGAGGCGGGCCCAGCAGUGUGUCCAUCUCAGAGGAGACAGCGGUCAGUAUGCUGGUCAGCUGGGUUCCACCCAACGCCCACGUACUGCAUUACCACAUCUCCUACACGCCUCUGACCGCGGAUGCCCGGGAGAGUACAGUGUCAUUGCCAGGAAGUGAGAGGCGGGUUCUGCUGCAGUCUCUGCUGCCUGACACUCGGUACAGUGUGCUGGUUACAGCUGAAUAUCGCAACAGAGAGGGAGGGAGUGCCUCAGCACAGGGCAAAACCACCAGUCUGCGCGUGAGCAGUGUGAGUGUGGUGCGCUCCGACCACUCCAGCAUCUGUGUGUCCUGGAGACCAGUAGCAGCGGUCACUGCCUACCACAUCGUCAUCCAGGCCCUCAGAGACAAGCAGACGAAGGAGCAGACGGUCAACUCCACCAGCAGCAGCCACUGUUUCUCUGGGCUGCAGCCUGAGACGGUGUAUCGCAUCAGCGUGCACUCCCGCCUGCGGACAGUAGAGAGCGCUGCCGUCACCAUCCUGCAUCCCACAGCCGUAGCUCCUGUCAGAAUACAAGUUCCUCCAAGGCUGCACCCCGUACAAAAGGAAGUGUGCCCUGAAAUGACCAUCAGGAAUAAUCUAGUCAAAGGCUUUAAUAUGAUGGAGGCGUUUGGUCUGACUCAGCGAGCUCACUCCACAGUGGAGGGUGUGGCAGCAGAGCCUUUCAUCUUCAGCUCUCUACCCAGCUACACCCUUUACCGAGACACUCAGCUGACCCAGAGUACGGGCUUCAUCCACCCAGUGGGCUUUGCUCCUGAGCACACCAUCAGCAUGGCCUUCCGCCUACUGCAGGAUUCGCCCCGGGAGCCUUUUGCCCUCUGGCAACUAACCGACAAUGACUUCCAGCCCAAGAUGGGUGUGGUGCUGGACCCUGAGAGAAAAGUGCUGCUGUACUUCAGUCUGGACUACAGAGGGGAGGUUCAGGAGCUAACAUUUGACCAACCUCAAGUCCAUACUCUCUUCUAUGGCAGCUUCCACAAGAUUCACCUGUCCAUUAGUCAGGUGAGCGUAUCCCUGUCAGUGGACUGCCAUAGGGUUGGCGAGCGACCCGCCCGUCCUCUUGGAGCGCUACCCACCGACGGCUUUGAGAUGCUGGGCAAGCUAGUGAGGACCCGAGGGCCUCGUAGUGGCUCUGCUGCUGUGCAGCUGCAGUCCUUUGAGAUUGUGUGCAACACCAGCUGGGCCUCUGAGGACACCUGCUGUGACCUGCCCUCUCAGAGGGAUGAAGAGAGCUGCCCCGCCCCUGAGCAUGCGUGCACCUGCGCGUCCAACGUCCCCGGAGCGCCCGGGGACCCUGGACCCCCUGGGAAACCUGGGCCUCGUGGGCAAAAGGGGGAUAAGGGCGAGCACGGCCUGAAGGGUGAAAUGGGCCCACCUGGCAAGGCAGGGCCAGAAGGAGGGUUUGGCCCCAUGGGGUCCGUCGGUCCACGCGGCAUAACGGUGAUGGGUAAAAUGGGGCCUCCAGGGAUUAGGGGAGAGAAGGGAGAUAUCGGAAGGCCUGGGAAUCAGGGGUUACCAGGACCACCUGGCCCAAAAGGUGAAGAAGGCACUCUAGGACAGAAGGGAGCCCGAGGUGUGGAGGGUAAUAUGGGGCCUCCAGGGACUACAGGGCCCAGGGGCUUCCAGGGUAUGCCAGGCCACCCAGGGUCAGCUGGAGAGAGAGGGUCAGUCGGACCUGUGGGGCCCACGGGACUUCCUGGGAGUAAAGGCGAGAGAGGGGAGAAGGGAGAGCCACAGUCUCUCGCUGUUAUCUAUCAACUUGUCACUGAGGCCUGUGAGAAGCUAGUGCGCAAUGAAGUGCUGAAAUUAGACGCCUUCCUGAAUGAGAUUAGUCGAAAGCCCGUGCCCAUCCAGGAGCCAGUAGGACCUCCAGGAGAGCCUGGAAUCCCAGGAGGAAAAGGGCCCCCGGGGCCCAGGGGCCCUCAGGGGCGACAGGGUGACCGAGGGGAGCCAGGCAAGCCAGGGUAUCCUGGCGAACAGGGGCGCAGAGGUUUGCCUGGUGAGAGAGGAGCUCCAGGCACUAAUGUCCAUGGAUCACAAGGACUAAAGGGUUUCGCAGGACCUCCAGGAGAAACCAAAAUAGGGAUACAAGGCCCUAGAGGUGAGGAUGGUAAGGCAGGUUUUCCGGGGGUACCAGGGUCUGUAGGUCAGCCGGGUGAGAUGGGUCCCCCUGGUGUAUGCGACAGCAGUGGAUGCCAUCGAGAAGCUCUUCCAGGAGCUUUUUCAGAGGAUCCAUACUUUGGAUACCAGCCAUGAUCUGGAAAAAUUGUGAGAACUUUUGUUGCCAAUCAUACGAAUGCUAUUAUGCUUUCCAAACACUGUGGAGAAACACUGGAGGACGUGACAGAGAAAAACUGGAUCUGCAUGCCAAGGACAUGUUUUAUCAAGGCCAGUUUUAUAAACCUAUUUGUUGGCUGGUUAACUGCCUCACUGUAUGAACCUUCUAAUGUAAGCUUCAGACUUACACCAUUCCACUUUCCAGUUUCACUCCAAAUGAGAGCUUCAGAAACUCUGAGCAUCCUUCAUUCAAGACAUCCUCUUUAUAUCUAUUUAAACGUUUUCUAGUGUUCUGGAUAUAACCGAUCUCGUGUAUAACUGAGGCAAUUCCUGAGGAUUCAUUUUGUGCUGCUUUAUUUUCAGUUUGAUACCAAAGAAGGGUCCCACAUGUUAAUCUGAAUUGAUAUUUAAAGGAGCAAACAGCCAUUUGUAUUUUCCUAUGAGGAAAACGUCUAAUAUAGUAAAUAUAUACCAAUUUCGCACUGAGAAUGUUUUAAUGUAUAUUUUACUGAUGCUGUGGAUUAUUUUGUUGUUGUUGUUAUGCACUACAGUGUAUGUGUUUUCUAAGAAUUUUUUGUUGAAGGCAUACUAUCACUAUCACUUGGGUUGUCUGACUUUGAUGAAUUUUAAACUGACAUCUAUUUGUAUGAAUUAGUUGUAAAACAAGAUACACUGUGAUCAUUUUGUCUGACCAUUCCACAUAUAAAGCCUGUUUUACACUA